UUAGGGUUUGUGGAGCCACGGUCUUUGCAGCGGCAACGUUGGAUACUUCGCCUCUGCAUCUUAUUUCUGCAUCCCAUUUCAUUUGCGACAAUGGCGACACAGAUGAGCAAGAAGAGAAAGUUCGUUGCCGAUGGAGUUUUCUUCGCCGAGCUGAAUGAGGUUCUGACUAGAGAGCUAGCUGAAGAUGGAUACUCCGGUGUCGAGGUUAGAGUUACCCCAAUGCGUACUGAGAUCAUUAUCAGAGCCACUCGAACUCAGAACGUUCUUGGUGAGAAGGGAAGGAGAAUUAGGGAGCUGACUUCUGUUGUCCAGAAGAGGUUUAAGUUUCCUGAGAAUAGUGUGGAACUUUAUGCUGAGAAGGUAAACAACAGAGGUCUCUGCGCUAUUGCCCAGGCGGAGUCUCUUCGCUACAAGCUUCUUGGUGGUCUCGCCGUACGGAGGGCUUGCUACGGUGUUCUGAGAUUUGUUAUGGAAAGCGGUGCCAAGGGAUGUGAGGUUAUUGUAAGUGGAAAAUUGAGGGCUCAGAGAGCAAAGUCCAUGAAGUUCAAGGAUGGAUACAUGAUUUCUUCUGGGCAGCCAGUCAGGGACUACAUUGAUUCUGCCGUAAGACACGUUCUUCUAAGACAGGGUGUUCUUGGUAUCAAGGUUAAGAUCAUGCUCGAUUGGGAUCCUAAAGGAAAGCAUGGUCCCAAAACUCCUCUCCCUGAUGUUGUCACAAUCCACCCGCCAAAGGAGGAGGACGAAUACAGCCGGCCUGCUGCUAUUGUGGCAACUGAUAUUGAGCUUCCUGUUGCUUGAAGCAAUUUGACUGGUCCUGUACAAGCCGUUUGUGCCAAAUAUUUGGCAUUUGAGUGCUUAGGUUGUCUUGAAAGCAAUGUUUAUCGAAGGUACAUGAGUUCAAAGUUCUAUAAUCUUUCCUAACCGUUUUUGAUGUACUUUUGUCACAAGUUUUUACAAUUCAUUCAACUGUUCCAUAAAUUUUGUUGGACUUAAGUGACAAGUUUUGUUCUAAUUCCCUGUUUCUUCAGCAAACUUGCAUUUUUGUGUU